CUUUUAUUGACCCUCACAAUAAAUUUCAGAGGCAGAAGGAUGCCGAGCAAUUAACUUGAUCCCUCUUCCGUCUCGCCACACGAUCGAGUCUCGGGGACCGUGGGACUUUCGUUGGCGCGACCAGACUGCUCCGAUUUGUUGAAGUCCUUCCUCCAGGCCAAAACACAUCCAACGCCUCGUCCAGUUCUACACCUCCCAUCAUGAUUGGUCUCAAAGGAACACUAACCUGCAUCGACAACUCCGGCGCGCUCAUCGUCGAAUGCGUCAACGUCCUCAAAAACAAAGUCACGAACGGCUGGGGCUCCGUCGGCGACGAAAUCGUCUGCGUCGUCAAACGUGCGCGUCCCAUCCCCGCAUCCGCAUCCCUCUCCGCGACCGCGAUAAAAGUGCGACGGGGAGACGUUCGGAGGGCGGUGAUCGUGCGUACGCGGAAGUCGGUGAGGAGACCGGACGGACGCGUGGUGCGGUUCGACGAUAAUGCGGCGGUGUUGUUGAAUAAUAAGCGGGAGAUGUUGGGGACGAGGAUUGGAGGGGUUGUUAGUGCGGAUUUGAGGAUGAAGGGCUGGGGCAAGAUUUUGAGUUUGGCGCCGAAGGCCAUUUGAGACUUGUGUUGACCCUCUACUGUCUUUUUUCUGCUUUGCUGUCUUAUGCUAUGAUCACACGGCAUAAUGCCAUUCUCGCCUACUCUCAAGUU